CAUCAGAUGUGAUGAGGGGAGGAAGAGGAGGUGACCGCUGUUGCGCCUCCUAAAGAGGGCAAAGGCCAGCUGCGGUUGCGUCCAGAUGUGCGCGGCAGCAGCAGCAGCAUCACAACGUUUAUCUAGUCGGGCUGGGUUUGUUUUACUCUGAAAAUGCGACACACAUACAUGCCAGUGAAACAGCGACAGCCCAAAAGAGCCUCGGGCGCCACAAUGCUAACGUUGUCUGGGGCUUUGACUUCUCCCAGCCAGUGUGAAGAAGCUGCUCCGCGCGACAGUCACGGCGCUCCUCCGCCGCUCUUCCUCUCGCUCUCUCCCGCUGUUCACGCUUUUUUCCUCCGUCCUACAUUCUUUUUUUCCCUCUGUUAGAAUAAACGGUCCCAACUCUCUCUCUCUCUCUCUCUCUCUCUCUCUCUCUCUCUCUCUCUCUCUCUCUCUCUCUCUCUCUCUCUCUCUCUCUCUCUCUCUCUCUCUCUCUCUCUGCGUCGAUCGCCCUCUGAACCUUUAACGCGUGAGCAUGAUGGACGAAACGGAUAUCAUGGAUCUUACGCAUCAGAAAGCGAAGAAGCGACCGCGUCCAAUCAGUUCGGUGGAUGAGUCCGUGCAUGCGUCGCUCAAGCGGCUCCCGAUGCGAGCGGCGGAGUGCAGGGAGCCCUCACUGAUGUUCGCUGUCAGAGGAGAGCCGGUCCCCGCUGCGUCUCUGAAGCAGAAUGAUCACUCGGUGGCUUCCUCUCCAACCACAGUUAUGCCAGCACAGGAUAAUCGCUCCAGCAUGUCCAGACCCAUGAUUACGCGGUCACCAGUGUCUCCUUUGAGUAACCAGGGCAUCCCCACACCUGCACAGCUCACCAAGUCCAAUGCCCCUGUGCACAUUGAUGUGGGCGGACACAUGUACACCAGCAGUUUGGCCACCCUGACCAAAUUCCCAGAGUCUCGAAUUGGUCGUCUCUUUGAUGGCACGGAGCCUAUAGUCCUGGACAGCCUGAAGCAGCACUACUUCAUUGACAGGGAUGGACACAUGUUCCGCUACAUUCUCAACUUCCUCAGGACGUCCAAGCUCCUGAUUCCAGACGACUUCAAAGACUACAGCCUGCUGUAUGAGGAGGCUCGAUACUUUCAGCUGCAGCCCAUGCUUGCCGAGCUGGAGCGCUGGCGCCAGGACCAGGAGCUGGGUCGGGUCUCCCGCCCCUGCGAAUGCUUGGUUGUGCGCGUGGCGCCUGACCUGGGCGAGAGGAUCACGCUCAGCGGUGACAAGGCCCUGAUCGAAGACGUUUUUCCUGAAAUUGGUGACAUCAUGUGCAACUCCGUCAACGCCGGAUGGAACCACGACUCCACACACGUCAUCCGCUUCCCUCUGAAUGGCUACUGCCACCUCAACUCAGUCCAGGUUCUAGAGCGUCUCCAACAGCGUGGUUUUGAGAUCGCUGGCUCCUGUGGAGGAGGGGUGGAUUCAUCCCAGUUCAGCGAGUAUGUCCUGAGGCGGGAACUGAGGAGGACAAGUCAGCGAGGACCCAAUUCAAACAGGAUAAAGCAAGAGCAGCUGGACUAGAAACCUCCAGACCAGUAGGAGGUGCUAGACUUUUCUGUAGCAGCCAAACAUUUGAAGCUGCAGAACAAUGUGGACUCUGUUUUUCUUCAUUUGCUUGUUGAUGUUUCUGUUUUCUUAAACUUGAGAACCACCUACAGAAUAAAAACAUGAAGUGCAACAGGAGAUUUUUGCCAUAAGAAGAUACAAGACAUGUGAUGAGUUUGAAAUUGCAAAGACAUUUGUGAUUGUUCUGUCCCCAAAAAAACAUCAGCUGAAAAAAAUAAUAAAAAUAGCUAUUUAUACACGCUGGAGCCCCCUUGGGAUAAAGUUUGUUUUAAAACUUGGAGCCUACAUUAGGUCGAAAACUUCAAACUCACCAGUUUAAAUUUAAAGUCUUUUAUUGCUUAUUUAGUGUUGCAUAGUUUGUCAUCAGUGACUUGAUUCUAUUGUCUCUAAUCGGCUUCCAUCCCUGCUUCCAAAAAGAUAAAGUUGGUGUUGCAUUAAGUACAGAAUGUCUCAGAUGUCAAAAACACUUAGAUCCAACUACAAUAUUUUUACAUUAUUAUUAUUAUUAUUAUUAUUAUUAUUAUUAUUAUUAUUAUUAUUAUUAUUAUUAUCGUUACUACUGUUAUUAUUAUUAUUAUUAUUAUUAUUAAUUAAGUGGAAUUUAAACUAUUCAUUAAAUACAAAUUGAAUGAUUAUGACCAAAAUAUUCAUGACAGACAUGAACGACUUUUGUAAAAUAUUACAAAUUGUUACAUCAUUUGCCCUCAUCCAACAAAAACCUCCAAGUCCUUACCCAGGACUUAUUUAUUAGGAACAUUAUUUUAUUUUUUCCUCUUGAGUUAUGACUUGUAACUUUUCACUGUACUGUAAUGGCUUUGUGUUUUUUUUACAAUGAAUCUUUUUAAAGCAAAUUUCUUGCUUCAAACAUGACUGAACAGAUUAAAAGCUUAUUGUACUUAUCCAAACCGAGGUGACUUGUAUUUGUAGCACAUGUUGAUAUGAAGUCAGAUAUAAAGUAUUUCUAAGAUUACUGAAACACCUACGCUCCUAGAGGAAUGUAGCAAAAACAAAUGUGAAAAUAAAUCUCAGCUAAAGGUG